AGAGGUGGCCGCUCGCCAGCACCGGCCCGCCAGCGCGGCAGGCAGGCUGAAUCGGUAGGCAGCCAGCCGGGCCGCGCAUGGCGCGAUCGUGCUGGACCAGCCGCCGCAGCAACACCAGCAGCAGCAGCAGCAGCAUAGACUCCAUCCAGGAGGACAGCAGUUGUUCUGCGGACGCAACAGAAUCGCAGACCAUGGGCUCAACGGAGGCGGACAGCAGGGAGCGUGAAGUGCAUCCGUUUAAGGUCGCACCAGGUGCGCGCUCCAAUGAGAUCCACACUUCGAAGUAUCGAUGGUACACCUUCCUGCCGUACAACUUGUACGAUCAGUUCCACAACCUUGCAAACAUCUAUUUCCUCAUCAUCGCGAUGCUUCAGACAAUCCCUUCGGUGUCAAUCACCUCUGGCCGACCGCUGCUAUUGGCGCCCCUGGGCUUUGUGCUGUCGAUUGCGGCGGUCCGCGACCUGGUCGAAGAUCAGAAGCGCAAGUCCGCGGACCGCGCUGAGAACGAGCGUCCCGCCUGCCGCUUGGACGCGCUGCAGCGCCAGGUUUCCUCAAGGUGGUGUGACGUGCGGCCCGGGCACGUCCUGAGGCUCCGGCGCGGCGACCCCGUGCCCGCCGACGCGCUGCUGCUGAGCUCCAGCGAGCCGUCCGGGUCCUGCGCGGUGGAGACCUCCAACCUCGACGGCGAGACGAGCCACAAGCAGAAGGUCCCAGUGCGCCCAGAAGGUUUCGAUCCCCAGGAGGCCGAACGAGCCUGGGCCAUCAGGUUCGAGGCGCCGUCCGCAGACCUGUACCAGUUCAGGGGUCAGCUGCACGUGGCCGGGGCCCACCGGCCCGUGGGCCUAUCCGCCGGCAACCUGCUGCUGCGGGGUAGCUCGAUGCAGGACGCCGAAUGGGCCGACUGCCUGGUUUGCUACGCGGGCCACGACGCGAGGAUCAUGAAGAAUUCGCAGAGUGCUCGCUUCAAGACCAGCCAGCUGGACAAGGCGAUGAAUCGCGUCAUCAGAAUAACAUUCUUGAUUCAGAUGGUCCUCUGUCUGAUUGGUGGCUUCUCAGCUGCCACGUGGGAGGCUCGGGAUUCCGCGGAGGCUCAGUAUUUGAUGCUCGGGAACGCUGUGGGCAUUCGGAUGCAAAGUUUGGGAAUAUUCGGCUUCCUGGGAAGCUUAUUGACCAAGGGGGCCACGUGGCUGCUGCAGCUGAACAACAUGGUGCCCAUCUCGCUGGUCGUGAUGAUGACGACCGUGAAGUACCUUCAGGGAAAGCUCGUGGAGAUGGACGAGGUCCUAGUGGACAGUCGUUUGAAGAGGCACGCCGAGGUGCACACCAGCCAGGUCCUCGAGUCCUUGGGUAUGGUCACUCAUAUCUUCUCCGACAAGACAGGGACGCUCACUUGCAACGAGAUGGUGUACAAGGCGUGCAGCGUGGCUGGCCGCAUCUUCGGCCUGGACGCGCCAGAGGGCAGGGCUGCAGCCGAGGCGCCGCGCGGCGCCCACGCGGACUUCGCCGCGGGAGGCCAGGAGCUCCUGAGCGCCAUGGGCUCGCAGGACCCGCAGCAGAUGGCGGCGAUCGCGAGCUUCGUCUUGUGCCACGCGCUCUGCCACACCGUCAGCGUGCACGGCGCCGAGUACGUGGGGCCCUCGCCGGACGAGCUCGCCCUCGUGUGGGCCGCGAGCGAGGUCGGCCUCCACUUCCGGGGGCGCUCGCGGCAGCUGGCGGAGCUCGAGGCCGAGAACGACGAGCGACUGCUGGGAGCGCUGGCGGUGGCGCUGGGUGGGCCCCUGCCACCGCCCGAGAAGCCGGACGCGCCGCGCAGCCUCAGGCUGGAGGUGCUGGACAUCUGCGAGUUCGACAGCGACCGCAAGCGGAUGUCGGUCAUCGUGCGCUACCCCGAUGGCCGCGCGGUCCUCCUGCUGAAGGGCGCCGACAGCGCCGUGCUGCCCUCGGUGUCGGCCGCCAGCGGCUCCCGGGAAGUGCACCAGCACCUGCACCAGUUCGCCAGCCGAGGCCUGCGAACCCUGUGCGUGGCCUCGAGGGACCUGCCCGAGGAAGAGUACCGCGCAUGGGCUCUUCGCUACAGGGCGGCGCUGGCGUCCCUGGGCGAGGACCGCGCCGCGCAGGCGCAGGAGCUGGCGGAGGAGCUGGAGACGGCGGCCGGCCUCGGGCUGCUGGGCAUCACGGCCAUCGAGGACAGGCUGCAGGACGGCGUGCCCGAGACGCUCGAGAAGCUGCAGCGCGCCGGGAUCGUCGUGUGGGUGCUCACGGGCGACAAGAUGGAGACCGCCAUCAGCAUCGGCCGCUCGUGCCGGCUGCUGCACCGAGGCAUCGAGAACGUGGAGCUGGCCGGCGGCGGGCCGCAGAGGGGCGCGCUGGAGGGCGUGCGGGCGCGGCCUCCGCCCGCCCAGGGCCGCGCCGUCACCAUCGACGGCGAGUGCCUCGCGAGGGUGCUCGCCGACGGGGACCUGCGCCGGCUCUUCCACGAGGUCGCGAGCGGCUGCAAGACUGUGAUCUGCUGCCGAGUGUCACCGAAGCAGAAGGCUGACGUGGUCCAGAUGGUGCAGAGUCUGGACACGUUCAGCCCGGUGACCCUUGCGAUCGGGGACGGAGCCAACGACGUGUCCAUGAUCACUGCGGCCAGCGUCGGCGUCGGCCUGUCCGGCAAGGAGGGUGCACAGGCGGCGCGCAGCGCCGACUUCGCGAUCGGGCAGUUCCGGUUUCUGCAGCGGCUGCUGCUGGUGCACGGGUGCGAGAGUUACAGGAGAAAUUCCGUGGUCGUCCUUUACAAUUUCUACAAGAACUUCGUUUUGGUUAUGCCCUCUUUCUUGUUCGGCUUUGCGAUGGCGUUCAGCGGGCAGCCCUUCUACGAGCAGAUUAUGUACCAGCUGUACAAUGUCUUUUUCACUUUCUGGCCUGUCGUCCUCUACGCCAUCCUGGACCGCCCCGCCUUAGACCUGGCCUCGCUGGAGGAGGACCCGACAACCUACGCACCAGGGCGGCGCCAGCUCUAUUUCAACCCGAAGGUGUUCUCCUUCUGGAUGGCAGCGGCGCUGCUCCAGGGCUUCUUGCUGACCGUGGGGGCUUUCUUUGGGUAUGCUGACGGCGACAAGCCGACGAGCGAGGUGCCCACGUUGGACGACAUGUGGCUCACCGGUACGGUGGUAUUUUAUUGGGUCGUGCUCGGUGUGAACCUGACGCUGAUCAGAAGGCUACGGGCCGUCAUACCGCUCGUGGUGUUUGUCACUGUCGUUUGUGUCCUGAGCUUCCCAGCGAGCGUCAUGAUGCUUGAUUUGUCUGGCUCGGUCUUUUUGCACGGGAUGUUCAAUAUCAUGUUUGGGCCUAUGUGCAUUCGAUUUGUCUUGGCGAGUGCUCUUAUAAUGGUGACAUUCAUGCUCGUAGGGGAGCCCCUGAUUCUGAUUUCUGAAUCGCGUGCCUAUUCGGCAGCCUUGGCGGAGCCUGAUCAGGAGCCGCUCCUUCCUGACGGUGAAUGAAUGCCGGGGCAUGCAAGUGCGAGCUGGCGCCCCAUGAAGGCCCCCCCGUUCGUCGGAUCGGCGGAGCCGGGCCGAUCCAAGACAUGGGGGGGAGUAAUGGACGAGGGUGAACGCCAUCUGCGAUCACUGUGGUGGUGAUGGUGGGAUUUGGCUGUUUGCCUGCCGUAGAAUUGUUUCACACAUGCCACGCAAGGCUGCUUCCCGGUCGAGAGGAAGCUGCAAUUGUACAGGAUGAUGCCAUCAUGCAGCUAUCCUGCAGACGACGGUCUAACGCUUCGUCGCUGCCAGGGCCCGUUUGAGCCAACUGACUCCCGACGAAGUGCGUGCAGCAGGCGGUGGAACAACUGCUCCAGCGCCCGUGCUCUCGCUUUUCCACUCGCUGCGCCACGCUGGCGGCCCGCGACGGCCAUUGAGGCCCAGUGUGUCCGUCGCCCGUGUGCCGAGCCAGAAAGGAUCGGGGGAGGGCCUCGCCCUCGGGAGUCGGAGGUGGCCGCUGCCGCACCUCCUCC